UUUUUUAUUGAAAAUCUAUGAACUACUGUAGUACCUCGAAGAAAAGACAAAAAAAAAAAGGUGCAGCUGGUGCUAGCAGAAGUGUGCAAGUGUACGUAUAGACAUACAUGUGAAUGCGUGUGAAAAUUGUAUUUUGUUUACAUUUUUCUGUUUUGACUCGACAUGUAAAUUUAAGCGAACUAAGCUUAAUGUGCUUUCUAUUUUGUUAUUCUCCGUAUACAAUGCUUACAUUUAAAAAAUUCGAAUGUAAUUAAAUCAAAAAGCAAAAAAAAAAAAAGAAAAAAAAACAAUUCAUGAAAAUGCAUGUUUCUCGCUUUCGAAGAAAAUAUAAAGCGACUGCAAAUACUCCAAAGUCACUCAGUAGCGACUUUGAUUAAAUUUUAUACCAACUGUGAUCUCUACGCAACGCAACAUAUCGUAAAGUAAGGGUUUUCAUCCCUAGAUGCAUUUUCAGUGUUGGAAGAUGUUAUGAUUAAUUGUCAAAAUUUCUUAAGAUUUCGUUUGAAUGCAAAAGUUUUAUAAAUGAAUGAUAAGAACAAAGUGAAAACUAUUAGCAAUAACAGGAAUUGUCAUCACAUGGUGUGAUCUCAAGUUAAUCGAUCACUGGCAAAAACUUGAGUAUUCAUGCAGCAACAAAAGAAACAACAACAGCAACAAACUAAUCCAAACACUCAACAGCAACAAACUAUACAAAUACAAUUACAACACCAGCCCAUUUCACAACAACAACAGCAACAACAUUUACAUCAACAAUUACAGCAACAGCAUAUAGGCAAUAAUAUCAUUGUUUUGCGUGGCUCACGCAACGAGAAUGGACAAAUUGUUAUACAAAAUAAGCAGGAUAUACUCAGUUUUCUCAGCGAACAUCAUCAUCAUCAGCAGCAGCAGCAGCAGCAACAACAACAGCAACAGCAACAGCAACAUCAACAUCAACAACAGCAAAAUGAAAAAGCCACCGUGGCCACAAUAACCCAAUUGCCAACGACCACAACUGUUGCACGCAAAUCAAGCAUUUCUUUGGUGACAACGAGUAGCAAUGUUAUCGCCACAGAUGGGGGUAGCGGCGUUGGCGGCGGUGGUAUCACUAUCACCCCCAAAGAAACGAACACCAUACUAUUACAAACACCCAUUAAUGUCAGUCAACUAGAAACUGUGUUGCUGCAAUCCGGGCAGCUAAAGAAAUCUAACUCUACAAUCACGACAAGCACUGAAAGGCCAUUUCUUUUUAAAAAUUCAUCACGCAGUUUAAGUACUGACAGCAAUCGUUUAGGAAAUGGUUCGGCAACCGCAGUCGCUCAAUCAUUAUUAAAUGGUGACGGUACAGGUCCUUUCGUCUUGCAAACUUUAAAACGCUUAGAGAAAUCACAAUCAAUUCUAGUUAUACGUAAUAAUGCGGCUUCCGAUUCUAAUUCUGCCUCGCCCUUAACAAAUUCAACGACAUCUUUAACUGCUUCCAUUGCCUUGGGCACUCACAAACCGCAAAGCUUGUCUUCAUCUAUACAUCAGCAGCAGCAGCAGCAACAACAACAACAACAACAACAACAGCAACAACAAAGUAACCCGACGACAGCCAGUGUCAGCACAAAUACACCAACAAGUGCCAUAAGUUUUACAAGAACCUCGAAAGGGCAACAGACCUCUGUUGUCUCAGCUCUAACUCCACUUACUCCUUCUCUAGCAACUACUACUACAAAAUUGGGUAAUAUUUUAGUAGCUACAACCGGGCAACGUCAUAUAUCUAUGGAGACUUGCUCCUCUCCUAAUAAUGGAAAAACUACAAAUGGUGCUGCUGGCGGCCAUACCACGACAACAACGACAGGAACAAAAAAUUUACGCUUGUUAAAUGCCAAUAACAAAAAUACGCCCGGUAACGGUAAUAAUAAUCAUAAAAGUCAUAAUUCUUCACGUGCAACUCUCGGCGGCAAUAAGGAUGCAGUAGCAACAACAGCGACAGCAAAAACAACAAAGAUGCAUUUGAUACUGGCCGAUGUCCAGUUGAAACAUGAACAUUCUUUAAUUACAACCCCAAAUACUAGCCAGCAGAGUAAUGUGUCUCUUGGGAAAGAUGGUGAACCCAUCAAGCUACCAGACAAUUUGGAAAGCUUGCCAAGAGCUGACAGUUUCCCGUCACAACGUCAUCGUUGGAAUACAAAUGAGGAAAUAGCAGCGAUUCUUAUCAGCUUCGAUAAGCACAACGAAUGGCAAUCGAAAGAAGUGAAAACAAGGCCGAAAAGCGGUUCAUUGCUGUUGUAUUCGCGUAAAAAGGUUCGUUAUCGACGCGAUGGCUACUGUUGGAAGAAACGUAAAGAUGGCAAAACGACACGAGAAGAUCAUAUGAAACUUAAGGUGCAAGGCACAGAGUGCAUUUACGGUUGUUAUGUACACUCUGCGAUUUUGCCCACAUUUCAUCGCAGAUGUUAUUGGUUGUUACAGAAUCCUGAUAUUGUUUUGGUUCACUAUUUAAAUGUUCCCUAUCCUGAUGAUAAUAAAAUGGCUGUUAUAGCACCCAGCAUAAGUUUAUGGGGCGAUAAGAAGGAGUGGACUAAAGAAGAGCUGGUCAGUCAACUGAAACCUAUGCUAUCAACAGUGACAUCAGAUGACGAAUCGGAUUCGGGAAAUGAUAUUGAAAUAUCGACCGCAGAGACUGUCGAAUCGAUUGUUUGUCAACUAAUGGAAAAACAACGUUUAUCACGGCAGGCGGCUUUGGUUAAACAAUUAGAUUGCGGUUGUGGGGGUGCUUCGUGUGCUGAUGGCAAGACUUGUUCACAUCCGGUAAUACGUAAGCCUAGUUUAGUGAAAUCAAGUACUGAAAAACGUAUAACACCAACAAUGUCAACUGACAGUUGCGCUUACAAUACAGGGUCAGCACCAAAUGUUGUAAUAGGUCCUAAGUUGUAUUCGAGAUGGUCAGAGCGAAGAUCUGCCCGUGAAGCCUCCAGUAUGGAAGGUCAGCAAUAUUCUCAUUAUCAUCAACAGCAUAACCACAAUCAAAUGCAACAGUUGGCUCAAGAAUCUGCCAUCAAAUUUCAAAUAAUACCGCCAAACAACGAGCAACAACAUCAGCAAAAUUUUAGGCAUUAUUAUAAUAAUAAUAAUAAUAAUAAUAAUAAUAAUAACAGUAGUAAUACAAACACUAAUAACAACAACGCAACAAAUUCAUCGUCUCAUCAAUUUAUAACCACAAGAAACAAUAUUCUUGUCCAGCAUCAACAACAGCAGCAACAACAGCAUCAGCAAAUGUCAGUGAAUCAAUCAAAUUUCAAUCAGUUACACAAUAAGAGUAACAGCAGCAGUAAUAGCAAUAAUCAUAAUAACCACAAUAAUAAUAACAGCAACAACAAUAAUAAUAAUUCUCAACAACAUGUAAAUUUACAACGAUUUAAUAGUAAUAAUAAUGUCAACACUGGUAAUAAUAAUAUUUCACAGCAACAACAACAACAACAACAAUUGCAACAAAAUUUUCAAAUUGCCAAGACAACCAUAACUGCAAUGGACAGCGGUAAUGGCAAUGUUAUUGAUAGUAAUGGUGCUGGUGGUGGUGGGUCCAACAACAAUAAUAAUACUUAUAUCAGUAAUAAUAGCACAUCCUCUACACCCAUUAUGAAUGACGUUGAUUUGUUGAGUACACAAAACCACAAUACGACAAAAACAACAUCAUCAACAACAUAUUCAAAUUCUAAUAAAAUUAACCACAACACAAACGUCAGUAAUAACGACUCGAAGUUUGAUACGAAUGAUGAGGCUAUUGCUGUUGCUACUGGUGUAGCAGUAACCUUACAAAAUGAUGCAAAUAUCAUAAACAAUAAUAUCAACAGCAACCAACAGUUAUUGCCAUCAGUGUCCUCAUCGAGCUCUUCAACGGUCGAACCAAUGUGCAUGUCACCCGAACACGAACUCUCACCAUCCCAGAAAUACAUGCAUCAUCUGCAACCGCACGUUCAACAAACCAACUCAACAUCUUCAUCAUCAGAUUCAAUAUCCGAAACUCUAUCUACGUCUUCGUCAUCUUCAUCGUCAUCAUCGUCACAAUCGUACAUCGAUUUAAAUCAAAAGUCUGGCAAUUCUCCAUGCAUAACGUCCCAGGCAAAUAGUGCCGAGAAUGCAAAAAACUCCAUUAAAAUGAAUGGUCAUGAAAUUAUUGAAUCGGUGAAGAUGACUUCUGACAAUGAGCUGACACUUAUUACUUCCACUAAUAACAAUAAUCACAACAACAACAAAAUAACAACAAACAUUCAUUCUUCAAAUGGUUGUGCAACAUUAGAUUCUUCCAAUUCCGAUAAAACUCAAAAUAAUCAAAAAUGUAAAACCAACAGUAAUAAUAGUAUAAAUAACAACAAAAACAGCAACAGCAACAGCAACAACAACAACCACAGUAACAAUUCUGUAAUAAAUACUAGUACAAACGAAAAUGCUCAGCAACGUAUGAACACAAUAACAACGACACUAAAUUACGACCAGCAUCGGAUGAAAACCUCAGACUUGGCCGAUAGUUUGGGAUUUUUUAAUGAGACUUUGGACUUAUCUCAGGAGGAUAUACAACGUACGCUAACCGCUAACAUGCCCGCAAACGAUCGUAAUUUAUUGAAUAGCAUUGAUUUCAUUAGCAAUGAUUGCAAUGUUACAACAGCAACAAUAAAUAAUCAAACGAGAGAUCGACGGCUUGACGGCAGCUUGCCAACGACUGGUAUCGUAGACACGGAAAGUGACGUUACUGAUAAUGUGUUUGUCAAUUUGAACGCUUUCGAUAUGUUAGUAGAAUUUCCGGAAUUAGACUUAGACGACAAGCAAGCAUUGUCUAAUACCGCUUUAGAGCAAGCGAAUAAUUUGGUUCACGGCAACAGUCCCAACAGUAACAGUAACAACACAACAGUAGUAAAUAAUGAGAGAUCAUUGCGCGACUUGCAACAACUAACGCAGUAUUCCCAUAAUGCGAUUGUUAGUGUUACUGACGUCCAAGCUGAUAAAAAACUGUUGACAAUUUGCGAUUUUAGCCCAGAAUGGUCUUACCCGGAGGGCGGCAUUAAAGUUCUAGUGGCCGGUCCUUGGUCUGCUAGCAAUAACUACACUGUACUGUUUGAUGGCCAACCAGUGCCUACAGUUAUGAUACAAGAAGGCGUUCUAAGAUGUUAUUGCCCGGCCCACGAGGUUGGCUACGCUACGAUGCAAGUAUCGUGUGAGGGCUUCAUUGUAUCCAAUUCAGUAAUGUUCGAAUACAAAAUGUCGGUUUGCCAUGAGGCUCCGUUUGAUACCAGCACAAAUGAUUGCUUGUACAAAUUCGCUUUAUAUCAUCGUUUAUCUACUAUCGAGGAAGUGAUGCAAACCAAAAACGAGGCUAAUAAAUCCCUUCGCCAGUUGUUCUCGUUAAAAGAUAAUUUGGAGGAGAAGUUGGUCGGAUAUUGUCAUCAGUUAAUGAAAAUGAUUUGGCCAAAUAGUGCCAGCGCAACGCAGACACGCCUGGGUAAUGUAGCCGCUAGUUACAAGGGCAUGACUUUGUUACAUUUAGCAGCCGCUUUGGGCUACAAUAAGCUACUCUGCGCGUUAUUAAGCUGGCGCAACGAAAAUCCUCACAUUAUUUUGGAAACUGAAAUUGACGCCUUUAGUCAAGAUGGUUACGGUUACACGCCAUUGACUUGGGCCUGUUCGCGCGGCUAUUUGGAGACGGCCAUCACGUUGUACAAGUGGAAUCAAAAUGCUUUGAAAAUUAAAAAUCAUAUACAGCAAACACCGCUAGAAGUUGCUCACUUGAAAGGCCAUAAACAAAUUGCAAUAGAACUACAAAGACUGGAACAAGAACGCCAACGCAAAAAUGGACGCGGUUCUCUAAACAACUUGUCAUUAAAUCUGAACAAAUAUUCGCUAAACAACGAUGAAAGUGAAGAUAAUAGUUCUUCAUUUUCGCUAUUUGAAAAUAUGGAUUUGCAACGUAGUCACGAUGGAGUGUUCUUAAGACCGAUAGCAAUGACAAGCAAUCAAAGUCCUCCCAAUAGUAGUCGUUUUUCCAAACGCUCGUCUAUUGAUAGUGGCAUUAAUAUGGAUAUACGUAGUAAACCUGUCAAAUCCUAUAAAGAAUUCAACCGUUUGCAUAGCUUUGAUUCUCAUCAUCAUGACACUUUUAAUAGCAUGACGCUCGAUUCACCUUUGGACACUUUAGCAGCCUCGAAUACCACUGGAACUUUAUUAUCGCCAUUAAGGAAAAUGGACUUUGCUUUAUGCGAAGUGUCGACAGGUGAUGCAAGUCCUUCACGCAAGAAAGAUAACGAUAGCGAAGACAGCUCGGCGAUUGAUAACGACGAAUGUAGUGCAGUAACAAUAUCAAAUAGUAAAACAAUUGAAGGCGUUGUAGGGGACUCAGAUGCUAAAGUUUUAACUCUCGCUGAACAUAUCAUAGCUGCUAUGCCUGAACAUAUAAAGAAUGAAGCGGAUGAAAUGAUGAUUUUAGGCAGUCCCAUGACCGAGCCUUUAAAUUCAGAAUCAUCAGGUUUAAAUGAUAGUUUUAUGGACCCAUUAUUGGACUCUUUGCCUAACACUCAUUUCGAUAAUGAUUUCGCUUUCGAUUUUAAUGAUCAUAGUAGUUAUCGUUAUCACGAUGUAAGUACACCCUGUUCCAGUUUAAGUCCGGCUAGCUCGGGACCUUUACAAUCGCCAGCUAGUUAUUCAAUUUUGGGACAUGAUCCAUCGGUCAGCUCACCAAGUCCUCCGCCUUCAACAAAACAAUUAACAGAAUUUUUACACGCCUCUAGCAGCACUCAAUAUCCGUUCGUAGCUGAUUUUUCUAAAUUAACCUUGACAGAUACCGAACAACGUGAACUAUAUGAGGCGGCUAAAUGCAUACAAAAAGCUUAUCGCUCUUAUAAGGGUCGUCAGAAACUAGAAGAACAAAACAAAGAACGUACAGCCGCAAUUGUAAUACAAAAUUAUUAUCGCCGUUACAAGCAGUUUGCCUAUUAUCGGCAAAUGACAAAUGCUGCUCUAGUCAUACAACACGGUUAUCGUUCAUAUCGCCGCAAUAAGCGAUUUAAGAAAUCCCUACCUACACAAAAUGCAUCUCCUAAUAAUCAAUACUUGGAAGACAACAAUGCAAACUCUUCACAGUGUUUAUCGAGUUUUUUUGAAAGCUAUAACGGCCACAACAACAGCAGCAACAACAAUAAGCUUGAUCUUCAUCAUCAUUGCCCCUUCUCAACCGACACCAGAUUAAAUUCGCCACAAGCAAACAAAUUGAACUGCUCAACAGCUAUACACAAUGAGACUAGUCCCUCAGGACCAUUAAAACGCACUUAUUCGCAGACAACCCAAAAUCAAGCUGCCAGAAAAAUUCAACAAUUCAUGCGACAAUCGCGAAUAAAACUACAGAGAGAACGAGCCGCAAGAGAGAAGCUGGUGCACCAACACAAGGCGGAAUUCCCUCAAAGCUUGCAGUAUCCAGAACAAGUGGUAACAAUUGCUUGUCAAAUCGAAAAUAGAUAGUGGAUUGAGAUUAUUGCGAUCCAAUUAUAAAAACAAAAACAAUUCUUCUAGAGCUUACACAAAAAAAAAAA